AUGGUGAUGUUGAUGGAUUGGCUGCUAGACUGGUUUCAUCAGCAAUACAUGAAUCAAUUUAAAGUUCCAUCAUCUUCCCUCUCGAAUAUCAAUCUUCCCUCUAAUUUUAAUAAUUACUAUGAACUAUUUGCUUCAUCACAACAACAACAAUAUAAUUCAUCGAAUAAUGAUGGUAUUCAAGUGAAUGGAACAAGAUGCCAUCCAAUACUAUUCAAUUCUGGAGGUAUUUCUAUGGAACCUGAGAAUCCAAAGUUCGAAUAUGGAAUUUGUCCUGAUACUAUUUUCACAGUUAUCUUUACAGGCAUUACAUUGGCCUUCUCUCUUGGCUUUCUAAUAUUUGGAUUGAUUGGAAUUAUUAAAAAACGAAAGAGUGGACACAUCAAGGCAAGAAAUCCAAUUCUAAUGGUUUCAACCUUGGUGGCAAGCUUUUCGUUUGUUCUCAUUUCGACGUUGAGGUACUUAGUUGGGAGAAAGAUAUUCCCGUGUGCAUUGUUUGCAUUGACUUUCUUCAUUAUUGUUCCACUUAUUAUUAUUCCAACUCUAUUGAGAUCUGUUAGAUUGUAUUGCAUGUUUAAAUUGAACAUGAUAAAGGUUGGAAAUAAGAGAAUGUCAACUAGUAGUGUUCCAACAAACUUGGCAAUGAAUACUUCACAAGUAUCAGCAACAGCUUUAAGACUAGAUCUCAACAAAGUGGAACCUGUAACAACAACAACAGACCAACAAACAGCACAAAUGCAACAAUCAGAUUUUGCAUCACCUGCAGAUUCUUCAACAACAACAGAUCAGACAACACAACUGCAACAAUCAGAAACACCGACAAGUGGAAAUGAUUCACCUCAACCUGCUCAACAACAAACUUCCACUACACCACGUUCAGUCAAAUUUCAGGAAGCAAAAUCAUCCAACAUUGAUACAGUGGAACCUUAUGAUUCUUGGAAUGAAGUUUCGGAUAUUGAUAUUUUAUCUGACAUUGCUUCAGAUUAUGCCCCUCAUAUGAUGGAAGAGGCAGAUUUGAAGAAAAUCAGAAUAUUGACCUUUCUUACUAGUAACAAAUUUAUUGUAAUCACUUAUGCUGUUCUCAUUCCUAUUCAUCUUGCCUUUUGGCUUGUAUUAGGAGGUAUUGAGGAAGGAAUAUUUGAAAGAGAUCCCACUCAGAAGAGAGUCUUUUUAGAAGAUGGAGGAUUACUCAUGUUCUCACACGGUUGCAUUACAAAUUACAAAACUGUAAUCAUUAUUGUUGUACAGGCUGUUCUCUACAUACUGGCUGAGAUUAUUUUACUGAUUUUUUGCGUAUUUGCAGAUAGAGAUACAUGGAAAAUCAAAAUAGAAACAUUCGUGGUAGUGAUAUUCCAAUUUACCUUUACAGUUUUGUUUGGUUGUGAACAAAUUAGUGUUAUUUAUACUCUCAUUGAAUUCAUCUUCCCCUCAGGAAACGUUAUGGCGACUGCCACUGUAAUUGAAGUAUUUAUUAGUGUAAUUUUACCACUCAUCUAUUCCAUCAUUAGAGAUGAGCGAGCAAAGAAGUAUAGUGGUGAAUCUGAUUUAGAAAAGGUUUUGAAAAACAAGCGAAUGUUCGCCAAAUUAUUGGAAUUUUCAAGAAAAUCAUACUGUCCAGAGAAUAUUCUCUGCUUUAAAGAUAUUCAAAUUUACAAACGAUUGAAACAACCUGGAAAGAAAAAGAUGGCAGACUAUAUCUGCCAAACUUAUUUGCGUCAAUUUGCUCCUCUAGAAUUGAACAUGCCUCACUCUGAAACAAGAUAUGAUGAUAUUAUGGGAAAGUUGGAAAGAAAGGAAACUUUGGAAAAGAACUUAUUUGAUUAUUUGAGUGUAACAUGUCUCAACAAUAUGCAAGAUGUAUUUGAGAGAUUGAAAGAAACCGAUUCAUCAGUUAAAGAUUUUAUCAAUACAAAGUAA